GCUGCGUGCGCCGUCGCGAGCUCGCCGAUCAGAUCAUCAGAGUUUGUUGGCCCCCCAGGCCCUGCGGUCGGCAUCUGGCCUCGCGCGAUGAUUAGAUUAAUUAGGUCGUACGGUUAGACUCGCGGUCCAGUUUGUUGGGUCCGAGCGGGUGACACUCGUUGACACUCGUCACUAUGGCUUCCCUGGUCGCGGAUUACGGGACUUCCUCGGGCUCGGACGGCGAGGCGGACGACGACGUUUCGGACAAUGCCUUUAAGGGUGCCGAGCAGGUGGAGUCGGAGAGGGAGGAGGACGAGGAAGAGGAGGAUAACAAGGAGGAGAACGGUGGACACGUGAGAGUAACCGAAACGACAGCUUCCAGAGAAAAGCUUCCAUUGCCGACGCCAGAUUUCAACAGCGCGCCCACAUUGCUGAGGACCUCGGUGUUCCUGAAUCCGUUCGUCGAGGCGGAGCGGGCGAAGAGCGCGAUUCUGGAGAAGCACGUCAAGAUGACGCCCACGCUGGACGACACGAAGAUGAUAAACGGCCGCAAGAUCUGCUGGAACUAUCGGAAGGGCCGCUGCCGCUUCGGCCACAACUGCACCUUCGCCCAUGACUCGGAUCUGCAUCGCAGCGCGGCCGAAUUGGAGGCCCUGCGAACUCCGCAGGAGACGCUGGUCUGUCAGACUCGAUAUAACGGACAGCAGCAGCAGCAACAGCAACAGCAGCAGCAGCAGCAGUUACCGCCACUUGCGAACGACGACGAGAACGAGGUGGAUCAAGAGAACAAUCAGACGGCGAACAGGAAGCGUAAGAAGAGGCCCGGCUUGUGCCAACUGUUGGUUCCGAGUAAGAAGAUCUACAAGCAGUUCAAAGCGCAACAACAGCAGCAGCAGCAGCAAACCAAAACUAGAUGAAUACUAUUCCUUCGUUUGGCAUAGUAGUAGGGGAUGAGAUUGUCUUCUAGCCGAAUCGUUAUGUAUCUUUUGCGAAUCGGAAAAGUGCACGUAUGAGCAGUUUCCCCGGUGCGACAUUAAACGGAUCUUGCAGAAGCUUUUAACGGACGAGAUAAUUGCGGCAAGGAUUUUCUGAAAAGAAUAAUUCGGAAGAUUUUUUAGCGGACACGUAAAUUAUGAGAGAGCAAAAGUCAUAGGAGAAAUGGGAAAGGAUCAUUGCGAAGAGAGCUUUUAAUUCGCUCUCGAGACUCGAAUUUCAAGUCUUUUUAUCAGCAGAGUGGAAGCUAUUAACGUACAACGAUGGGACUAAUCGAGAUCUCGUCUUAGAUUAAUAUAUUCAAUUAAACGGCUGCGCGAGCAAAAUCGACGUAGAUGUACAGAGAAAGGAGAAGGGAAAUUCUGAUUUAUGCUUCCAAUGCGAAUAAACGAUGUGUAGGAUAGGAAACUGUAUCCGAGAACCUUUCGUCUCGCAUAAAUUCGCAAGAGACUCCACCCGAUGCGUGCGUAGCCUUCUUAAAAUUUGUCUUUCGUAACGCAACGAAUGCGUGAGACAUGUCUUCUCGUUAUCUUGUUUUCCCGUAUUUAUCAUUACUAGCCAAUUAUUUACUAGACACUCGAUAAUGCUGUUCGUUCGCGAGAAUACCAAAUGACAGCCCACUGUAUAAUGGAAUCCAGGCGCAGAGUAUGUAAUAAUAUAUGAUGUUAUUCGUCGAAUUUGGAGUAGCCCUUCCCGCAUACAAAGAGUCAUAUACCUGAUAUAUAAUACUUCCAUGCGUUUCUGUGAAUUUAGGAUUAAUCCAAGCGCAAUUGCUCGAUUGUAUUGCUCUUUUUUUUUAUAAGACAAAUGUUUCUUUUACAUUUCCUUGUAACUGCGGUCGACGAGACAAAUUUGAUGCUCUGAGACGGAUGCAAUUGCAACACUGGUAGAUAUUGCGAAUGACGGAGAAGUCGUUUACUAAUACAUUAAUCUUUCUAACGAAAAAUUAAUUACGCUAAUAGGUCGAAGCAAAAUAGAAGGACGAACUAAAUGUUUACCCAGCUUCAUCCACUUCAAGUGGUUAAACAGUGUUUUACUAACACGUUAAUUACCUGUUGGAAAAGAAGAAAAUAAUAAGUAAUUAUGAUAAUAGAUCAAAAUAGGAGGAACAGUGAGAAACCAAGAGUUUAGUUGAACUAUCGUGAUUCAAAAGAGGCUCCUCAGGUUUCCGAGGAUUUCUAAAAGGUUGCCAAUAAAUGAUUCAGCUGUGCUGAAACAACGUCUCGCUUAAUUUGUACUCUCUUCUAUACCCAAUAUAUCAAUAAAAUAUAUGUAAUAAGCGCAUAAAAAAGGUCAUUAAAGGAUUGCCACAAUUGAAAAGGGCAAAUAUUUUAAACUUAA